CUGUGCGGAUAAAAUGUCGAUCGGUAAAUUGAGCGAGUACAAUGUCAAGGUCGGCUCAUGGUCGUCGUACGUUGAGCGGUUAAAAAUGUACUACAAAGUGAACACAGUGAAGGACGAUAUGAAGCUGCCGAUAUUAAUUGCUUCCAUGGGUGACGAAGCAUACGAAUUGUUGGAAAACUUGUCAAGCCCGACGAAACCAGCCGAUUUAACAUUUGAGAAGGUAGAUGAAUUAAUGAGACAACAUCUGCAACCUACCCCCUCGGCACUAGCGGAACGGUAUCGGUACAGACAAAGGAGACAGAAUGCCGGAGAAAACAUAGCUGUUUAUGUGGCGGAGUUAAAAAGAUUGUCUAAACACUGUAAGUUCGAGGCAAAUCUAUGUGAAAAUCUGAGGGACCAGUUCGUGUGCGGCUUACGAAGUGACGUCAUACGUCAACGGCUUUUUGCUGAGGACGACACGGUGACUUUUAACCAAGCGGUCAAACUAGCGACGUCAUUGGAAGCAGCAGAAAGGGAUUCAGCGGUAGUGGAGGAGAAUCGAGGGACAGGUAGCGAAGCGGGCGCAGUGCAUGCGAUUGCGUCAUCGCCAGCACGCGGUACGGCGCCGGCGGCUCGGCGUGCGGGCGGGCUCGCUGCGGGCGCAGCAUGCCCGGUGGCGGUUGGCGGUGGAACAAAAACGCCAGAGCGACGCUUUUAUGGCGGAGACAGGCGACAUGGCAACGGUUGCGGUGCUUGUGGGGCUCAAAACCACAACUUUCCGACUUGUCGCUUUAGAGAUUAUGUGUGUAGCAAGUGCCAACGCACAGGACAUUUGCGGCGGGUAUGCCCGGAGUGGGGCGCACCGACUUCGCCGCGGGGACCGCCUCGUCGCGGAGCUGCGCGAGGCGGACUGCAUUUUAGAGAAGCCGAUCGCGAAACAAGCGAGGAGGUCGGCGGGGACAUUGAGGAGGAAUUGCAUCACUUGAGUCUGAAUGAUUAUAAAUCUGUUUAAGGAGUUAUUCGAGGGAGGUCUGGGGCGAUACAGGGGCGGUAAGGCGAGCUUGCGUGUGCGGGAGGGGGCGACGCCGGUGUUCCACCGCGCGCGGCCGCUGCCGUAUGCGCUGCACGAGAGAGUGGACGCCGAG